ACAGCAGCUGGCCUGGCCUGGCUCGGGCCCUGCUUUGCCUCCUGUUCAGCUGUGGCUGCAGCUGCCAUGCUGACUCAUGUGCCCGCAGCUAGCAGGAGCUGGCAGCAUGGGCUCCCCAGGGGCCACAGCAGGCUGGGGGCUUCUGGAUUAUAAAACGGAGAAGUGGGCUCUCCUCGCCAAAAAAGGCUACCAGGAGCGGGACCUGGAACCCCAGAUUUCCAUCACAGCCAAACUCAAAGGGGUUUCCGUGACUCAGAUCAAGGAGCUUGGAAACCGGCUGUGGGAUGUGGCCGACUUCGUGAAGCCACCUCAGACCAGGCUGCCGGCUUCCGGCCUUUCCAGUCAACGCGAGCCCAGCCAGGCCAACCUUGAGACUUGCCUCCUAGGGAGAGAACAUGUUCUUCUUGGUGACCAACUUCCUUGUGACGCCAGCCCAAGUUCAGGGCAGAUGCCCAGAGAUACAGGGUCUUGCUAUGUUGCCCAGGCUAGAGUGAAGAGGCUAUUCACAGGUAUGAUCAAGCCCACUACAGCCUUGAGCCUCCUAGGCUCAAGCCAUCCUCCCAACUCAGCUUCCUGAGUAACUGGGACUACAGGCGUGUAUCACCAUUCCCAGCUAAUAAAGUCUAUUUUU